GCCGUUCCGCCGCCAGCCUCGGAGGAGCCAUGUGGAGCAUCCGCCAGGAAGGCUAAGGAAGGGGCUGUCGGAGGAGAUCCGAGGGGAGAGAGCGGGGAAAGGCAGGAGCCCAGGAGAGAGGAAAAGGAGCCAGACAGCUCCGCACAGCGCGGCCGGACCGUCCUCGGCUUCCUUUUGGGGCGGGAGGGGGGUGCCGCGCGGAUAUAGUCCUUGGAUUUCGUCGCGAAAGAAGAUCGAAGGGAGAGAUGGAGACAGUGAGUGAGUGAAGCAUCACCUCCGUCCCGCUCCUCUCUCCUCCCGUCCGCAAUUGCUCCAGAACAAAGGUGGCAGAGGUACACCCCUGCAAAGUCAGCUGCUUCUAUUAAUAAUUUCACUGGGAAUGGACAAUGGGAUGCUCUCUGGUUUUAUCAUGAUCAAAAACUGCUUCCUGCUCUGCUUUUCCAUGAAUUUAGUCAGUCAUUUUGGCUUCUCACAAAUGCCAACAUCUUCAGGGAAAUAUGAUACCAAUGACAAUAUCACCAUAUUCACCAGGAUUCUGGAUGGCUUGUUGGAUGGAUAUGAUAACAGACUUCGCCCAGGUUUGGGAGAGAGAAUAACUGAGGUGAAAACAGACAUUUAUGUUACAAGUUUUGGUCCUGUGUCAGACACCGAAAUGGAAUAUACCAUUGAUGUUUUUUUCCGACAAAGCUGGAAAGAUGAAAGGCUUCGAUUUAAAGGCCCAAUGGAACGUCUCCCUCUUAACAAUCUCCUUGCCAGCAAGAUCUGGACUCCAGAUACUUUCUUCCAUAAUGGUAAAAAGUCAAUUGCUCACAACAUGACCACUCCCAACAAGCUUCUGCGCCUUAAGGAUGAUGGGACCCUCCUGUAUACGAUGAGAUUAACCAUCUCUGCUGAAUGUCCGAUGCAGCUAGAAGAUUUUCCUAUGGAUGCCCAUGCCUGUCCAUUAAAAUUUGGAAGCUAUGCUUAUCCCAAUUCAGAAGUGAUCUAUGUGUGGACUAACACACCAGCCACAUCUGUGGUGGUAGCAGAAGAUGGGUCUAGGCUUAACCAGUAUCACCUAAUGGGACAAAGUGUAGAUUCGGAAAACAUCAGUACCAGCACAGGUGAAUACACAAUAAUGAGAGCACACUUCCACCUGAAGAGAAAGAUUGGUUAUUUUGUCAUCCAAACUUAUCUUCCAUGCAUUAUGACUGUGAUCUUAUCCCAGGUAUCAUUUUGGUUAAACAGAGAAUCUGUUCCUGCCAGAACAGUCUUUGGUGUCACUACAGUCCUUACCAUGACUACUUUAAGCAUCAGUGCUCGAAAUUCACUACCAAAGGUGGCCUAUGCUACUGCAAUGGACUGGUUCAUAGCUGUGUGCUAUGCAUUUGUAUUUUCUGCACUGAUUGAAUUUGCCACUGUCAACUAUUUUACAAAAAGAAGUUGGGCCUGGGAUGGCAAAAAGGCAUUGGAGGCUGCAAAAAAGAAGAAAAAAGAACGUGAACUUAUGGCCAGAAAAGCCAUGAACACAUAUACCGUUGGAAGGAUGACCCCCACAUUAAACAUGCCAAAAGACUCUUCCCCUUCAAUUAUCUCCAACAUUUCUUCAGUUCCAGUAAAACCAGUUGAAAAAUCAAUUGAAAGCAAAAAGACGUAUAACAGCAUCAGUAAGAUCGAUAAGAUGUCUCGAAUAGUUUUCCCAGUCUUAUUUGGAACUUUUAACUUAGUCUAUUGGGCCACAUAUUUGAACAGGGAACCUGUUAUAAAAGGUGCUGCUUCUUCAAAAUAAAUGGAAGGACUUCCAGGUCAAGUUUUAGCCAUACUUGCAAAAACACACGCUACCAAGGAGAAUCUGAAGUUCCAAAUGACUUUCUACCUUUGGGCAAUUUUCUUCAGGAAGUUUUUGCAUGUUUAACAAUAUGUACAAAAUUAUUCUUGCCUUGAUUUGUUUCUACAUGUAACCUCAGAGAAGUUUCUGACAAUUACAUUAACAGCAGCAGACACAAAUCUUUCUAGGACAACAGAAGACAUGGGACAUGGCUUCUACGCUGCUGCAGAGUGUCUUGCAUUGAUAGUUUACAAAUGAAAUAGGAUAUAUUUUUAAACUGUUUGAGCCUAUUGCAUACCUGCAGGGUUUUUUAAAAUAUACUUUGAAUGUACAGUUGUUCAAAUAGGUGGAGAAUUAUGGACUCUGCAGCUGCAGAAGCAUUUAUAUACUUUCAGUGUUUGUCAGCACAGAAGCUUUCUGACUAGGAAUCCCAGCAUUUCAGGCCCAGAAUUUGCACAUGCAAGGGGAUGCACAACACCUCUCACUAGCAGGAGUAGUGGCAGAUUGCACAGAUAUACACUUCCCCUGUCAUCAUUUGGAUGUGUAAAACAGUCGUCACAGACCAGAUGUCACAGCUACAGAUACCGUUUUGCCUCAUAUCACCUCAUUAUGCUGUACUUUUUCAGUGAAUCCAGUCAACAGUGAAAUCUCUGAAAAUUGUGCUUGGGUUUUCACUUCCCAUCUAUAAUAAGUAGGUGUGUUAGCCUUGCUACGUGUCUAGCUGUGAGUGUUACUAAAUAUUACCAAUUCCUGUUACAAACUAAAGAUGGGCCUACUGAUCACUGAAGUGACAAUAAUAGACAGACAUCCUCACUCUAAUAGCCAAACCUGCUGUGAAUGGAAUGAAUAUUGAUAUACAUGUAUGAACACACACAUCCACUUCUCCACCAUCUUGCAUUCACUGUUCAUUUUUAAGAGUGUGUGUUUGUCACUAUCAUGACUAUUCCAACAGCAGCACCAAAGCACACCAUUCACAGAGUUCUCUUAUGGCACAUACCAGUACACUUUCUAAAAGCCAAUCUGGCCUUCAGCCCCUCAGAACCUGUUCAGCAUUGAUGCUUAACAUUGUUAUAGACAUCAUGAUUAGCAGAUGGUAAGUGGCAGGAGGGACAACAUCUUGAGUCAAUAGGGCUGCAGAUAAGGAAAGGUUUGCGCUAGCACAUAUGGCAGUGAAUUCAGCUAUGGAGACAGUGUCAACAGGAGCAUGUGGGAGAGGCAAAACUGUCCACAUGCCCCAGGUUGUACACUACAUUACAUGAUUUUAUUGAAUAGUGCAGAUUCUUGUUGAACACAUUUUUGAUUUCUUCAUGGGGUGGCCUUAAACAAGUUUUAGAGGUCUAGAUCAAGUAACAAACAUCCAAAUUCCAUAUCCUUGGAGGUACUGCAUAUGUCUUGACAUUUAAAGUAUCUUAGGAGCGGACCGCUAUGGACUCCUGAAUGUUUUUGGGUAGCAUCUCUAACACUCCCUCACUGUGUCUAGGAAUAAUGUGAGUUGCAGGUCAAAAGUAUCUGAAGGGCUGCAGUUAUCCACCUCUGAUCUAUUUGUCAGAGUCAAGUCACACUGAAAAUCUAAUCACCACCACCUAGUCACAAAGGCUCAUAUAUCUUCAGAGUUUAGAUCUUAAAAUCAGUGACAAGUGACAACCUUAAUGCAUUCUUGUGUUCAGUGUAAGAAAGGAAGACCAUGAUCCCUGUUCUUGAAAAUGAUGCCUCAUCUGGAAUGUGGCACCCAAAGCAAGCUUCUCACAGUUUCCAUGGUAAGUCCUGGCCUGACAGGACUUACCAUUUUGUAUUUCCUUCACUUCAUCUGCCUCUAAGAGUCUCCUUUUCUUUUUGUUCCUGUAAUAUGCUGCACAACUCUUCUAUAGCACCCCUCUCAAAGGCCAUCCCAACCUCUGUCAAGAAAUUCCACAUUCUUUAACAAGGGCAGACAAUGCCCACAACAGAUUUGUCAAUUUAGUUAGCUAGCUGGUUAGCUGAUGUUACUACAUUUGACUUUUGAUUAUAGUACUAGCAGACUAUCACAAAAUAUUCCCUUUGUUAUUAAUUUUUGCUAUUUAUCCAUUCUUUCCUCUGCUAUCUAAAUACUAAUAAACAUUCACCAAAACACACAACAUCCAACAAUUAACAUGUGAAAUCAAUAUAAAACUGCCUACCAGUUUUAUAGCAACAAGAUGGUACUAACAUCUCAACCGUAUUAUGGUCCCAUAGUGCAUAAGAAUAGUUUCUGUGACAUAAAAAUCAGCAGCCCCAAACUACUAUUCUCAAAGAGAGCGUUCCUGAAUUUGGUGCUCUCCAGAUGGGUUGAUCUACAGCUGCCAUCAUCCUCAGCCAACAUGGGCCAUAUUGGAUGGGAUUGUUAACAAAAUCUAUCUGGGGAUCAUUUUGGGAAGACUGCUUGGAGGUUUCCAAGGCCUGGAUGAAAAAAAAUAAGGUUUAUGAAUAUACAAAUGGGCUAAAAACUAUUUAUAACUAUUGACUUCUGACAUAAGCCUGUAAAAAUCGUAAGAUAGUAAUUGCAUUAUACCCCUUUUCAAUCCCGAGACUGGUUCUUCUUGGAGAAAUCAAAGUCUCCUUGCUACACCAACUGGCCUCGUUCAGAAUUAAUCACCCUCUGUAUACUAAGCAAAGCCAUUGCCUCUUUUCCUACCCUCGUAGCAAGUUGAAAACAAAGGGUGUAGAGAAGAAAGAUUUUGCCCUUGCAACUCCCAGUGGGCACAAUUUACCAGAGGGGUCUUUACACUGAACUCCAUCUUAACAACAAACGUGCAAGAGAUAAGUAGUUAUUUAUCUCUGUUAAUCCCCUUUCCAUAGAAUGUACAAAGGAGAAUGUUCAUUUCAGAGCUAGGGAAAGUUACUUUUUAGACUACAUCUCCCAUCCUUCCUAUGGUAGAGGGUCUUUCAUUACACAGACAAUGCCAUUGUCCCAGAUUCUCAACCAUUUCUAAAUAUUGGCAUUGCAAUAUUCAUGGAGCUGUUUUAAUAUGCACUUGCUGAGAAUCUGGCUUUUGGAUUACUUGACUAAUAAGGCCACUACCUACGUAUUCAUUUGAAAGGGCAGGAAUUUUGCCUUUCAGGGAAAUAAAUAUUUACACCAUUUAAUGGAAUCAUCAUUGCUCAAAAAAUUGAGACAUGUAUUGCAUGAAAUUACCUUUGAAAAUUAGAAUAGAGCUACAUAUGCCCAAUAAAACAGUGGCUGUUCAGUUAUAUUAAGGUGACAAACAUUUUUAGAUGAGGAUAAAUACCUUUUAAAACAUGUUUUCCAAGAAAUAAAAGGGUGAAACUAAACAGAGAAAUUUUACUUUGUUGAAGCCAACUGUUUGCAAUGACUUUUCCAGUAUUUCCAGUCUUUUGGGAAAUUCUAUUCUUUGCUUUAUUUAGUUGGUGAUUAAGGCUGCAAUUCUGUACACACUUAACUGAAAGCAAGUCUCAUUGGGGCUUACUUUGUAGAGAUGUAUGGGAUUACACUGUCAAGGUUGCAAUCCUAUGCACACUUAUGGCCCUUUUGCACUACACAAUUAUAGCACUAUGAAUCUGCUACAAAUAUAUGAACACUAGAGCUCUCUGGCAGAGAAUUCUCCCUAAACUGCAAAUCUCAAGAUUUCAUAGAAUGAAAUGAUGGCAGUUAAAGUGGAAUCACAGUGCUAAAAUCAUUUUAAGUGUGCAAAGGCUUGGGAGUGAAUGCCACCAAACAAAAUAGGAUUUGCUUCCAUGUAAUCAUGACUAGACCAGGCUGCAUGUAUUAAGUUAAUUUUCAGCAUUUUCCUGCAUAGAUUCAUUGCUCUAGUAGCUUUUGUAAUUUUAUCUUAAUGUUUAAAUUAAAGAAUACAUUUGAUAGUCA